CCAUGCAAUUGUCUUCUUCUCUUUCUAUUCAGUAUUCAUCCCCACUACUUCAUGUAUUUUGGCGCAACUAACAAUAUCCUCAAUUCCUUCUUUAAACUCCCUUGUGUUUACUGUUCUUAAAGUUAGUAUAACACUACAUACAUACAUAUAUACAUACAUACAUCUUAUAUUUCCAGCUCCAUCACUUAUCUCUUUCUCCCCCAUACUUUGUUCCCUCACCCUAACUUGCAUUGUCUCUCCAAAAUUUUGUUGUUGUUCUUUGUACUUUUAUAUAUUUUAUUUUAUUUUUCACAUUUUAUUUAUUAUAUUAUAUUACAAAAACCAUUUCAUAUAAUUAAAAUAAUUAAGUUCAUCUGACAUACUAUAAAGUAUAACUUAAGUUAUACGGGCUAUAUUAUAUACUCCACAUAUAUAAAACUACAACUGAAAUACAAUGUCUAGCAGAAGGUCACGGUCUAGACAAUCUGGAGGUUCCAGAAUUACAGAUGAUCAAAUUCAAGACCUUGUUUCCAAGUUGCAGCAACUUCUCCCUGAGCUUCAUAACACCCGUCGCCCCGAUAAGGUAUCAGCAGCUAGGGUAUUGCAGGAGACUUGUAAUCGCAUAAGAAGCUUGCAUAGGGAAGUUGAUGACUUAAGUGUGAGAUUAUCUCAGCUGUUAGAAACAACUGAUACUAAUCAAGCUGCACUUAUUAGGAGUUUACUUAUGCAAUAAUUACUUUCUCUUCAAUUUUCUUGUUUUUAAUUAAUAAUUUCCUUUUCUUAUCUUGUUUUUCUUGUAUUUUUUUAAUUUUCUUGGAUGCCCCAAGCUAGCUUUAAUCUAGUUGUCAAUGGGAGCUGUAGUAGGGCAGUUUGAUUUCUUGUUGUAAGUUGUCUAAGCCCCUUCCUAGAGCAAAUAAUCUUAUUAAUUUUAAUAAAAUGGACCUUCAUUUUGAGUGUAAAAGGAAUAUUGAUUUAUCUUUUUCCCCACAUAUCUUUUAAGAAAACAGCUCCACUAAAAGUUUAAA